AUGUUCGUCGAUUCAGGAUCGGAAGCGAAUUUAAUCACCGUUCAAACCUGGGAUUUUCUCAGGGCCAACGAAAUCAAUGUUCAAGAAUGCGUAAGAGGAAGCAACAGAAUCUUGAAAGCGUACGGCAAUGAUACUCCGUUGAAAAUUUUAGGAUUUUUUAAGACCAUCGUGAAAGUAGGAUCUCGUUCAGUUGAAGCAGAGUUUUUCGUAGUAUCAGGCGGUCAGCGUAAUUUGUUGGGCGAUACUACUUCUAAGCAACUUGGUGUUUUAAAAGUUGGCCAUGGAGUGAAUCAGGUGAUGAAUAGAGACGAUGCAAAUAUGCCGUUUUCGAAAAUAGUUGAUGUACGUGUGCAUAUCAAGAUGAAUCCAGAAAUCACUCCAUGUUUCCAACCGUUGCGACGCAUUUCUAUCCCUAUGGAAGUGGCUGUGAAUAAAAAGCUAGAGGAACUGCUGAGAAGAGAUAUAAUUGAAGCGAAGAAGGGACCUGCUACGUGGGUAUCGCCACUGGUGGUAGCCAAAAAAAUAAAUGGAGAUAUACGUUUUUGUGUGGAUUUGCGGCGCGUCAACCAAGCUGUGAUCCGAGAUCGACAUCCGAUGCCUAUCAUCGAGGAAAUUUUGAUGAGAAUUGGAAAAGGGGAAUUGUGGACCGUUUUGGACAUAAAAGAUGCAUUUUUUCUGCUAGAGCUGGAUGAUGAAACGCGAGACAUCAUGACUUUUAUCACUCAUCGUGGUUUAUACCGCUUUAAACGCCUGCCUUUAGGUUUGGUUUCAGUGCCCGAGAUUUUUCAAAAGGCAAUGGACGAAAUUCUUGCCGAUUGCGAAGGCUGCUAUUGGUAUCUGGAUGAUGUAGUGGUAGAAGGGAGCACUGUGGAGGAGCAUGAUGCUCGUUUGAACAAGGUAUAG